GCCCCAACCACUGGAAGGAGCUGAAAGCCACGUGUGGUGGCGACAAGCAGUCCCCUGUGAACAUCGACAGGCGCUGGCUGCAGCGGGACGGUGGCCUCGGGGACAUCCUCUUUGAGGGCUACGAUCAGGCCCCCCCGGGCAAGUGGAGGCUGACAAACGACGGGCACACAGUGGUGCUGAGCCUGGCGAGCGAGUCAGCCUCGGGGUCAGCCAGAGGCGGUUGCCCACACUUGGCUCCUCCGUGCUUUCCCCAGCUGCACAUUGUCCACAUCAACGUCAAGUACCGGACGCUGGCAGAGGCCAAGGGGCAUCCCAACGGGCUGGCUGUCCUCGGCUUCUUCCUCCAGGCCUCCGAAACCCCCAACACCAACUACAACACCAUCGUGGCGGGGCUGAGGAACGUCUCCCACGCUGGAGACUCCGUGGAUUUGGCCUCCACCUUCCGCCUGGGCACCCUGCUGCCGCGUGCCAGCCGGCUCUCUGGGUACUACCGCUACCAGGGCUCCAUCACCACCCCCGACUGCAGCGAGGCUGUUGUCGAGGAGCCGGUGGAGAUCGGCCGGGAGCAGGUACUGGCAUACACAGCCCUGCG